AUGCCCUCUCUACACGAAACAACAGUCAAAAGGAGUUUGGCAGAGCUACUGUACAAAAUAGGAAAGGGAAUCCAGGUCAACAUUGGAAAUAUUGUGUAUUCACAGAUCACAAACUUGGCAGAAAGUAGUGAGUCAAAGGCUUCGCUCUUUUUUCCAAAUCUGAUCCACGCUAUUCUAUCCAAGCAAGGGCUGAAGACACAUGGACCAAAAACACAAGUCAAGACCAUAAACACAACCAAAAAACUGAAGAAGGGGAGUCAUCAAAAUUAUCUCAAAGCCUCUUUUCCAACUGAUAAUCCAACUGACCAACAAACCUUGAUCAAGUACUUUGAGAAAAGGUCAAAAGAAUUGGAUGACGCAGAAAAACAAUUGUUACGAAAACACAUGGAAAUCAAAGAAGAAAAAGUUGAAGUUCUACAAUGGUUGAAAGCUCUAAAAACUGAAAGAAAUGAAGAAAACAGUGAUGAUGAUGAAGAAGAAAAGACUGAAAAUGAAGAAGGAGAUCAGGAAAACGAUGAAGAAGAGAAUGAAGAAGAAGAUAAUGAAGAAGAAGAUGGUCAGGCAGAACAUGGUGAAACAUCUACCUAG